AUGACUGGGUAUUCUGGAAAGCGAAAGUCCGAUGCGGGUAGCUCGAGUGCACCUCGCUUUGAGGUCCCAGAGUCCCGCGCCUCGAAGUUGAGAAAACUCAUAAAACCAGACCCAUCAGCUACCACCACCACUGGCCAGAGAUUUGGUGAAACUGUUCAAUACAUCCCCACCGAGAGUGCCAACAUCCCUGCUGAGAGUAUCGAUCGCAUUCCACUGUCUCAGGUAGCUGGCGCAGAUGAAGACGAUGCUCAGGCCGAAGAUCUCAUACAGGGAAGCCAAGGUGUGGAUGAAUCUUCAGCCUCUAGUGCGAUACUUUAUGGAAGGAUUGAGGGAAAGAUCGUUGGAGUUCGCUACUACAGGGGCUAUGCCACUCCUGGUGAACAUGUCGUUUUGAAAAGAGAGCCUACAAACCAAUACGAUCGCAAUGCGAUUCGUGUCGACAACGUCAUGGGCGCUCAAAUUGGGCACAUUCCACGAAACCUAGCCGCGAAGUUGGCACCUUACAUGGACUCCCAUGAUCUGUCAGUGGAAGGUGUUCUAACCGGCAGAAUUGGAUCGUUCGACUGUCCCGUACAAUUGAGAUUGUAUGGCACGAGCGAUCCCUCUUUGAAAGAUAACUUGAAGAAGCGAAUGCAACAAGAUAAGCUGCCAGUGAAAGAGUUCAUUGAAGCCGAGCGCGAGCAACGCCGUCAGGAGAAACAGCGUGAGCAAGAACGCAAGGCAGCCGAGAAGAAUGCUCGCGCAAUGGCUCUCGGAAAAGCUGCCCAACAAUGGCAGCAGAAUGAGAAUCCUGCAUAUGCCAACCUGUCAUCCGCGACUGGGCUCGGCGAAAGCGAGAGCUUGGAAGAACUCCUUCAACAGAGUAGCUCAUUCAACCCCCGGGAAAUUGGAAAAGUUGUCGAAAGCUUUGGUCAGAAGGAAGCCGAGUUGGAGAAGAUGCCUAUGACUCCCUCCCCUCCAGGUUUGUCUACGGAGCUACUGCCAUACCAACGACAAGGCCUUGCGUGGAUGAUCAAUCGAGAAUCUCCUUCCCUCCCAGCCCCGGGCUCCGAUGCCAUCGUUCAACUGUGGAAGCGCGACGGAGCAAAGUUCACGAACAUUGCAACCAAUUACUCUACGGCCACCGAGCCGCCGCUGGCGAGUGGUGGUAUUCUUGCAGAUGACAUGGGUCUCGGCAAGACCAUUCAGAUCAUAUCAUUGAUCAUGGCCAACCCCACUCCUCGGACUUCCGCCUCUAGCAAGACGACCCUCAUUCUUGCCCCUGUUGGUGUUAUGAGCAACUGGAGAAAUCAAAUUCAAGAUCACACUCACAGCGAAACUGCGCCGCGGGUCUUGAUUUAUCAUGGUUCCGGUAAGAAAGAGAGUGCUAAUCUGGCACAAUACGAUGUCGUGAUCUCGAGUUACGGUGCUCUUGCGAUGGAAUAUCAACCAAAUGCAAAGAAGCCCCCUGCGAAAGGAAUAUUCUCCGUUCACUGGCGCCGUGUGGUGUUGGAUGAGGGUCAUACCAUUCGUAAUCCUCGCUCUAAAGGCUCUCUCGCGGCCAGUGCCUUGCGAGCCGAUUCUCGCUGGACCUUGACUGGAACGCCAAUUAUCAACACCCUCAAGGACCUAUAUUCCCAGGUCCGUUUCCUGCAGAUGUCCGGUGGCCUUGAGGACUUGAGUGUGUUUAACAGCGUCCUGAUUCGCCCACUUACAAAUGGUGACCCCGAGGCUCGCCUGCUCCUUGAGGCCCUCAUGGGGACUAUCUGUCUACGCCGCAGAAAGGACAUGAGCUUUAUCAACUUGCGACUACCGGAGAUGACCUCUCGGGUUCUUCGUGUCAAAUUCCAUCCCCACGAGCUGGAGAAGUACAGCGCAUUCCAAAAUGAGGCGAAAGGUGCUCUGCUUGAACUCAAGGACAAAGAAGGCAAUUACUCUACUCUGUUGGAGGUCAUUCUACGCCUUCGCCAAGUUUGCAACCACUGGGCUCUUUGCAAAAACCGCAUUGAUAAGCUCAUGGGAGAACUUGAGAAACACAAAGUCGUGCCUCUUACACCCGAAAACAUGAAAGCUCUGCAGGACAUGCUGCAGAUUCAGAUCGAGAGCCAGGAGGCAUGUGCCAUCUGUCUUGAUAACCUUGAAUUACCUGUAAUCACCGCAUGCGCCCAUGCCUUUUGCCGUGGUUGUAUUGAACAGGUCAUCGAGCGGCAACACAAGUGUCCGCUUUGCCGUGCCGGAAUCAAGGACAACUCCACUCUCGUCUCCCCCGCAGUUGAAAUGGGUGAAGACGCUGAGACAGCUGUUGCUGACCCGAAUAACCCGAGUAGCAAGAUCGAGGCGCUCAUGAAGAUUCUCACGGCACAGGGCCAAGCACCUGGCACCAAGACCGUGUUGUUCAGCCAAUGGACUUCCUUCCUUGAUCUCAUCGAGCCCCAUCUAGAGCAGCGAGGCAUCAAGUUCGUGCGCAUCGAUGGCAAGAUGCAGUCUGUCAAGCGCGACAAUUCCAUCAAUGCGUUCACCAACGAGCCUGAUUGCACUGUUCUGCUCGCCAGUCUUAGCGUCUGCAGCGUCGGUCUCAAUCUCGUGGCUGCAAAUCAGGUUAUCCUCUCUGAUAGCUGGUGGGCACCUGCCAUCGAAGACCAGGCGGUUGACCGUGUCUACCGACUUGGUCAGAAACGCGAGACUACCGUGUGGCGCCUUGUCAUGGAGAACAGUAUUGAAGAGCGUGUGCUUGAUAUUCAAGAGCGCAAACGCAAGCUCAUGCUCGCUGCAUUCCGGGAGACGGCUAAGAAGAAGGCCGAAACCACUGCCACCCGCAUGGCCGACUUCGAGACUCUUCUGGGUUAA